AUGGGCAUCAAGCUAGCCAAAUCUUUGAAAUUGCAGAAUGAUAAACUGUGGUCCCUGGAUUACUCCCAUGGGCUGCUCGCCACGGGAUCCACUGAUCGUAAGAUUAAGAUCAUUAACGUCACUAAUGCUCCCAGGGGACAAGUAUCUUUGAUGGAUGUGUUGGAUGACACGGUUCAUAAGAAGGCUAUCCGUUGUGUCGCAUGGAGGCCUCAUUCUAAUCUAUUGGCUGCUGGUUCUUUCGAUUCUACAGUGUCCAUUUGGACUAGAGAGGACGAUUUGGAGGAAGAAGAAGAUGAUGAUGAAGGAGAGGGUACGACAAACUCACUGGAGAUGGACUUGUUGGCUAUCAUUGAAGGUCAUGAAAAUGAAGUGAAGGGGAUUGCCUGGUCGCAUGAUGGAGCCCUCUUAUCCUCUUGUUCGAGAGAUAAAUCCGUCUGGAUUUGGGAAACUGAUCAGGAUGGUGAAGAGUAUGAAUGUAUUAGUGUUCUGCAAGAACAUUCACAAGACGUCAAGCAUGUCGUUUGGCAUCCAGAGCUGCCAUUACUAGCGUCAAGUUCAUACGAUGAUACCAUAAGACUUUGGAAGGAUUAUGAUGAUGAUUGGGAAUGUGCCGCAGUUCUAAACGGUCAUGAAGGUACCGUCUGGUGUUCUGAUUUCGAGAAGGGCAAAAAUGGUGAAUCCAUAAGAUUAUGUAGUGGGAGUGAUGAUUCUACUGUGCGUGUUUGGAGAUAUAUUGACGAUGAUGAAGAUGGGCAACAAGAAUGGAUCUGCGAGGCCAUCCUACCAAAGGUACAUGAUAGACAGAUUUAUAGCGUCUCAUGGUCCACUAAUGGUCUCAUCGCAAGCACAGGGUCCGAUGGGACCUUGGCUGUCUACAAGGAGGUUUCCAAUGGCGAUGAUGAACAUGAUUGGGAAGUGAUUGCCAAGCAAGAAUUGUGUCAUGGAGUCUACGAAGCUAAUAUUGUCAAAUGGAUCGAUAUCAAUGGCAAUAUGAUGCUAGCGACAGGUGGUGACGAUGGUUGUGUGAACCUAUGGAACUGGACUGACUAA